AUGGAUAUGACCUCACUUUCAGGGUCAGCUUCCACCCCCGACGAUACGCAGCGACCGGACACUCCCUCCAGAGGCGAGAGCUCGAGCAGUGCGGCGGGGCAGAGCCCCGGCGAUCCGCUUCACCCACCUCAGGAGAAUGUGAGCUUUCGCGCACGCGAUAUCCCCAAUGGCUGGGACGAACAAAGGCUGCAAAGCUUCAUCGUGAAGGAUCACUACUUCUCCGGGGCAACCUUUCAGUCUGUAACUCUCGAGACCCACGGCGAGUCUCGCACGGCGACUGUCACCUUCGAUAGGAUCCCGACGCAGCUACAGAACCUCGGGGAAGGAGGGCGCUGGAACAUGUCCUUGCCAGGGACCUCACAUCUCUAUCCGAUUCCAGAUCCGAACUAUCAACCUCCCAUAUGUCUCGAGUCUGAGAAUGCCUACGAUAUCUCCAAGCACAUACGCACCCGGGUUUCCAAGCUUCCCGAACUAUCAGAGUCUUCAAUUCUAGAUUUGAUUGAAACGAAAGCUUCCGGAAUCUACAUUUGGGCUCGACUCGUAGUAAACCUGGCUAUUGAACUUCAUAGGAGCGGAGCAACAUUGGAGGAGAUAGCAAAGCGAGUCGACGAUGCUCCUCCAGGUCUAGACGAGCUUUAUCUCAGCCUCGUGAAAGAGAUGGCCAGCAACGAGUCCUCAUUGAAACUUGUACAAUGGAUUUGCUUUUCCAGGCGGCCACUAGACCUAGGCGAGCUGCGAUGGGCCAUGGCUGUUGAGCCCGAUGGUUCACAACAAUCCAUUCAAGGCUGCAAGAUAAGCAACAACUACAUCUCGGAUGACAAUGCAUUGGAGUCCCGAGUCACGGCUCUUAGCUUCGGGCUUGCUGAGAUAGUGCCUUCAAUUGAUGCGCACACAGUCCAAUUCAUUCACCAGUCCGUGCAGGACUUCUUCAUCGAGAAAGGCUUAUCCGCUCUGGAUGAGGGCUCCCCAUCCACCGAUGUGGCUAUCGGCAUGGCACAUUUCAAGUUGUCCAGGAUUUGCAUCCGCUACAUGAUGCUCGAGGAGGUCUGCCAGAACAUGGACUCUGCCUUCAAAGGCCCUAACAAUCAAGAGAGCAUCAGGGAAGAGGGGUUUAAUGAUCAUGAGAUCAUUGAACGGAGAUUCCACGAUGAGCAUGAUAGCUUCGGGCGCUUAUUCACCGCGCUUGAAGCAAUAGCAUUACGCUUCCCGUUGUUCCGUUAUGCUGUGGCCUGCUGGAUCUCACAUACAUCCCAAAGCGACGCCAGAGGCAUCCCCCAGCGGGAUCUCUUGGAAUUGUUUGGAUGGCCAUCAAAGGUCUCUAUUGGGCGGUGGGCUAACCCUGAUGAGACUGGCGAAUUGUUCCACCUAGCCCGGGAAGAUGAGGGUAGCAGCCUUGUCCAUAUUGCAUCCGCGAGUGGAAUCGAAGGACUCCUGAAAGCUAUACUGGGGUAUCCAGAUCAGAGCCGUGUUGAUUCCAAGGAUCAGCGUGGCCGCACGCCACUGUCAUAUGCUGCCGAACGGGGCCAUGAGGCUGUGGUGGGGCAUCUGCUUUCGAAUAAGCAUGUCAAUUCUGAUGCAGAAGAUUUUCUUGGCCGUACACCGCUGUCGUAUGCUGCCGGGCAGGGCCAUAAGGCUGUGGUCGAGCAUCUGCUUUCGAAUAAGCACAUCAAUCCUGAUGCAGAAGACUCUUCUGGCCGUACACCGCUCUCAUAUGCUGCCGGAGGGGGCCACCAGGCUAUAGUCAAACUUCUACUUGCAACACAUCACGUCAGUAUUGAAUCAAGGGACGACUUUGGCCAAACGCCACUGUUCUGUGCUUCCUGGAGCGGUCACGCCGCUGUCGUCAAGCUUCUGGCGUCAGAAAAUGGGAUAAACCUUGAUGCGAAGGGUCCUUCUAACUGUACGCCACUAUUAUCGGCUGUCAAGAGGGGCCACACAGAUGUGGUCAAGUUUCUGCUUUCCACAAAUAAGGUCGACCCUAAUGCAAGGGAUCAGUCCCUCCGUACACCACUGUCAAUUGCUGCCUGGCAUGGCGAUGAGGCUGUGGUCAAGCUUCUACUGUCGGAACCUCAGGUCGAUCUUGAAGCAAGGACUGAUUUUGGAGAAACACCAUUAUCAGUUGCUGCCCUAGCAGGCCACGCAGAUGUGGUCAAAGUUCUGCUCUCAACACAGAAGGUCGAUCUUAAUGCAAAGGACCUUCGCAAUCACACUCCACUAUUAUUGGCUGCCCGGCAGGGCCACAUAGAUGUGGUCAAACUUCUACUUUUGACGGGUCAGGUCGAUCUUGAUGCAAAGGCUGAAACUGGCCGUACCCCACGGUCAUAUAUUGUCGAAUUGGCGCCUGAGCUUCUAGCCAUGCCGCAACCUUCAGCAAAUCUGGCCGAAGGAACAUCAAAGGGGACACUGUUGGUGGAGUCCGUGCAAAAGCAGCGUUAUCUGAAGUCUCCCGACCACCCUGUUACUCUUCACGAUCAUCUGGGUGUGGCUACGCUACUGACUGAGAUGCGAGCUGACAAGGAAGGACCGGCAUCACCAGGUCUGGAUGGUGAUAUAAAUGACAAAAGCUACUGUAGCGAUCACUCACCACUCACAGGAUCAACACCAUCAGUAGGCCUCAGUUCAGAAGCUUUCGGGGCCUUUCGUGUUGAAUAUGCUCUUGAGGGCGGCAGUCCAGACUCUAUAAGCAACAGGGUCAGAUCUUGGGUUGAAGACUACUUCGAUACUGAAAUCGACUGGUGGCCACUUCCGCAGGUCCAAAAACGUCUGCGGUCCGAUCAGGCUAGGUUGCACUGGAACUAUUGCGGACGAGGAAUGUCCCUUGUGUUGGAUCCGGAAGAGGCAAAGCAUCUGAGGAGCAACCCUCCAACCCAUGGCAGCGGCACUGCUCCAGCCCCGGCCCAAUCCCCUCCCCCAAUACCUGUAACCCACAGCACAUCCCCGAGAACCAAUUCGAGUGUGGUGCAACCUUGCAGAUCGCUGCGAACAUCCAAGGAUCGGCAAGCACCUCCAAUUAUCCACCAGAAGGAGUCGUAUUUCUGCGUCGACCGGACUUGGACCGCCAUAUCGCAGACAGCCCUUGCCAAGAUCAUCUGGGAAGACGAUCUGUCUAAUGAUACCGAUGAAAGGUUACACCGUGAGAUCAAGGCAGCUAUAGAUGCCCAGAGCAGUUGGUUGCAGCGUUUUCUGUCUUGGCGAUCAUUUACUCAAAUGCACUUUUGCAAGUUUUAUCGCACGCCCGAACCUUACAGCCAUUUCGAAACCGAAGAAUUUUCGACGAAAGAUCUUCGAGAAUUUAGUGACAACUACGAGGCUACCUUGCCUCAAGCCACUGAUUUUGGACUUCAGAUGCGCAUGACAGCCAAAAUGAUACUUUUGGGGAUCUACGAUCCAAUAGUGGGAAUCCCGGCCACACGUGAAAGUAGUCAGACCGCAGCGCAGGUCUUGGCCCCACGUAUCCCUAAGUUGAAGGCCCCUCCACUAGCGACCUUCGCUAUUGCUCGCGAGAUAUCUUGA